AUGGGGCCCAAGAAGCGGAACAUCGCUCCUCGCUCCAAGCCGUCGCAUCCGCCAACCGCUGCGGCGGCGGUGUCGGAGGAUGCGGCCACCGCCGCGGACGCUGGCGCUUCAAACCCUGACCAAGCCCCAAACCCUUCCUCCACCAGAAAACCCACAAAAUCGGAUGCAGGAGAUUCGGAGGGCUACAUCUACAGCAACGGAAGCUCUUCCUCUGCAUAUACUGUGGUGAAGGCUGAAUGCGAGCGUGCGCUGAAUGCUAUGCGAAAGGGGAACCACACAAAAGCCCUGAGACUGAUGAAGGAUUUGUGCUCGAAGCAUGAUAGUUCGCCUCACCUGGCUUUGAUUCACCGUGUCCAGGGCACCGUGUGCGUGAAGAUGGCCUCCAUAAUCGACGACCCCAAUGCGAAACAGCGACAUUUGCGGAAUGCUGUGGAGAGUGCCCGGAAGGCUGUCAGCCUGUCCCCAAAUUCCAUCGAGUUUGCGCACUUUUAUGCCAAUCUCUUGUAUGAAGCUGCCAACGAGGGGAAGGAGUAUGAGGAGGUGGUGCAGGAGUGUGAGAGGGCUUUGACGAUCCAGAACCCCGUGGACCCUGCCAAGGAGAGUUUGCAGGAGGAGAAUCAGCAGAAGAUCUCAACAGCCGAAGCUCGAGUGGCCCACGUUCAGAGUGAGCUCAGGUCGUUGAUUCAGAAGUCGAAUAUCGCCUCCCUCUCGAAUUGGAUGAAGAAUCUGGGCAAUGGUGACGAGAAGUUCCGGUUGAUUCCCAUCAGGAGAGUCCCUGAGGACCCGAUGGAGUUGAGGUUAGUUCAGACGAGGAGGCCGAACGAGAUUAAGAAAGUGUCCAAGACGCCGGAGGAGCGGAGGAAGGAAAUUGAGGUUAGGGUGGCUGCUGCUCGUCUUCUACAGCAGAAAUCGGAGUCCCCCCAUUUGGCAAAUGAUGAGGAUAGUGCUAAUAAUAAUACCAAAGGGCCAGAAUCUGGCACGGGGUCGGGCCAGAGAUCUGGAGAAAGAAGGAAGUAUGGGAAUGCAAGGAAAAACGCAUCAUCGGAUGAGAGAAAGGAUUGGGUCCGGUCGUAUUGGAACUCUGUAGGUGCAGACGCGAAGAAAGAUUUGCUCAGAAUUAGUAUAUCGGAUCUGAAAAGUCAUUUUAAUUCAUUGAAGGAUGGAUUGUCUAUGAGUGGGGUUCUUUGCGAGGCUUUAUCUUUUGGGGAGACGCACAAAGUGUGGAAGUUUUGGUUGUGCUGUCGUUGCAAUGAGAAAUUUGCUGAUGCUACUUCAUUCAUGCAUCAUGUUGUGCAGGAACAUAUGGGCAGCUUGCUGCCCAAAAUGCAGUCCAUUCUGCCCCAAAGUGUGGAGAGUGAAUGGGCUGAGAUGCUUCUAAACUGUUCUUGGAGACCUCUAGACCUGAAUGAAGCAAUUAAGUUGGUUGGGAGACAGCAGAAAUCAUUUGAAUCUGAUUUCCUUGAGGAAUCCAGAAACGGCAUGGACGAUUCAAAAGAUUGCUUUCUUGACUCUUAUUGCAAUGAAUAUGAAUGGGAAUUAUCACCUACGAAGAAACAACAGGUUGAUAAUUUCGGUAGUAGUGCCCAGAACAGCAGGGAGUUUGAAGGGGCCGAGUGGAUGGACUGUGAUAGAGACCUCAGCAGUAAAGAAAGUUUACUAAAUGAAAAUUGGCCUUUAUCUGAUGACCCUGAGCGUGCUAAGCUUCUAGAAAGAAUCCAUGACGUUUUCCAGACACUUAUUAAAAACAAAUAUUUGGCGGCAAGUCACCUUAGCAAGGUUAUACAUUUUGCAGUGGAGGAGCUGCAGAGUCUGGCAUGUGGUUCACAACUGCUCAACUCCAAGCUGGAAGAAUCACCUACCUGCAUCUGUUUCUUGGGUGCCCCAGAGCUUAAGAAAAUCCUGAACUUUUUACAGGAAAUAUAUCAUGCUUGUGGAUUAAGUAGAUAUCAUGACAAAAGUAAUUCUGGAGCUGAUUCAAAUACCAGGGCACAAGGUAUUGACUUCUUGGAGAAGAUAGUUUUUAGUCAAGACGAUUCAUGUUUGGUCCUCGAUGAGCAUUUUCUCCCCUGCAAGGCCCCUUUAUCUUUUGACGACACCAUUACUUCGUACAGUGCGGCAACUUCAUCUGAUUUGCUCUAUGAGAAUGGUGUUAUACUUGAUUCGGAUGCAUUAUUGUCUUGGAUAUUUAAGGGCCUCUCGAGUGGUGAGCAAUUAACAUCCUGGAUGAGGAAGAAAGAGGAGAAAGCUCAGCAGGGCUUAGAGAUUCUCCAGUUACUUGAGAAGGAGUCUUACCAUCUGCAGGGCUUAUGUGAGAGAAAAUGUGAGCACAUGAGUUAUGAGGAGGCAUUGCAGGCUGUGGAGGAUCUCUGUCUGGAAGAGGGAAAGAGACGAGAACUUGCAACAAUUUUGGUCCGUCGCAGUUAUGAUUCUGUUCUCAAGAAAAGACGCGAAGAGCUCAUCGAAAAUGACAAUGAGAUUACCAUUAUCAGCAAUAGAUUUGAGUUGGAUGCCAUUACAAAUGUUUUGAAGGAUGCAGAAUCGCUAAAUGCUAAUCAAUUUGGCUUUGAGGAAACAUACAAUGGUGUUACCUCUCAUCUUUGUGACCUUGAAUCUGGUGAGGAUGAUGAUUGGAGAGUGAAAGACCAUAUGCAUCAGGUGGACUCUUGCAUAGAAGUUGCAAUACAGAGGCAGAAAGAGCAAGUUUCUAGUGAGAUAAGCAAAAUGGAUGCAAGAAUCAUGCGAAUACUUGGGGCUAUGAAGCAGUUAGAAGCGGAUCUUGAGCCUGCAUCUUCCCUUGAUUUUAGAACCAUCCUAAUCCCUCUUGUGAAAUCAUUUUUGCGGGCACGCGUGGAAGAUCUAGCAGAGAAAGAUGCCAGAGAAAAAUCUGAUGCUGCCAGGGAGGCAUUUUUGGCAGAGCUUGCUCGGGAUUCCAAGAAAGGCAUCAGUACCGGAGUUGAUAAUUCAAAACAUUCUCACGAGAAGACAAAGGAUAAGAAGAAAAACAGGGAGAGCCGGAAAAACAAGGACGCAAAGGCUACUCAGUCUGAGGAGCCACCCAAUCAAACUUCUGAAGAGAUAUUGUUUCCUAGUGGUUAUGAUGAGGAGGAUUUGGUUCCAGAAUUUGCUCAUCAUGGGCUUGAUGAUGCUGUACGGCUACAGGAAGAGGAGUACAAGCGUAAAAUUGAACUUGAAGCUGAGGAAAGGAAGCUUGAAGAAACUUUGGAAUAUCAAAGACGAAUAGAAAAUGAGGCAAAACAGAAGCAUCUUGCUGAACAACAUAAGAAAAGUUCAAGAGCUGCUGAAGUAAAUACAGAACCGAUUGUGGUGUCUGAUAAACAUUUGCAGCCAUACACUGAUGACAAGUAUGUGAAUGACCAAUCAGCAAACCCGAAGGAAUCUUUGGUCCAGAAGGACGUGUUUAUUGAUGUUUCAGAAGGUCCACUGGAUAGAUCUGCAAAUGGGGCUAUGACGCGAAGUGGCUUACCAAAUGGAGGUAUUCCACAAGAAGGGGCUGUAUUUUCGGAUCGGCGCAUGGGAAGGAGGGGUAGACGGCAUAAGGGUCUAACAAGCAAAUUAAAUGAUGGGAAAGUUCCUACUGCGACAUCUGAAAAGGAAGAUAGCGAUGCUGGUCAGUUGAGGUCUGGGCAAAUUUCGCAUGAUGGUGUUGAUAAUGGAGGAAAAACAUUUAGACAACUCCAGGCUGAGGAGGACGAUGAAGAAAGGUUUCAAGCUGAUCUACAAAAAGCUGUACUGCAAAGUCUUGGUGUGCCAGAUAAUGGUAUUGAUGAUUACGGAGCAGGGCUAAAAAAUGAAGUUGGUGAAUAUAAUUGCUUUCUUAAUGUCAUAAUACAGUCCUUGUGGCACCUAAGACGGUUCCGAGAUGAAUUUUUGCAAAGGUCAUCGUCGGAACAUGUUCAUGUUGGCGAUCCUUGUGUUAUUUGUGCUUUGUAUGACAUCUUCAUCGCUCUGGGUAUGAUAUCAAAAGAUAAUAGAAGAGAACCUGUUGCCCCAACCUCUCUUAGAGUUGCUUUAAGCAAUUUGUACCCUGAUAGUAAUUUCUUCCAGGAGGGUCAGAUGAAUGAUGCUUCUGAAGUGCUGGGAGUAAUAUUCAGUUGUCUUCAUCGAUCAUUUACCCCUGCAUCUGUAGUGACUGAUACAAGAUCAGUAGAUAGUAGCUGCACUGGAUCCUGGGACUGCAGAAAUGCUUCUUGCAUUGCACACUCAAUUUUUGGAAUGGAUAUAUUUGAGAGAAUGAACUGUUACAACUGUGGCUUGGAGUCCAGAUACCUGAAAUACACAUCUUUCUUUCAUAAUAUUAACGCCAGCGCUGUCAGAACAAUGAAGGUUAUGUGCCCAGAAAGCUCCUUUGACGAGAUUUUGAAUCUGGUUGAGAUGAAUCAUCAAUUAGCUUGUGAUCCUGAGGUUGGCGGUUGUGGGAAGCUCAACUACAUCCACCAUAUUCUCUCCUCGCCACCACAUGUUUUCACAACAGUCCUGGGUUGGCAAAAUACUUGCGAGAAUGUUGAUGAUAUAAUGGCAACAUUGGCAGCUUUGUCCACUGAGAUUGAUAUCAGUGUCCUUUAUCGUGGUCUUGAUCCACAGAACAGGCAUCGACUGGUUUCAGUGGUUUGCUAUUAUGGGCAACACUAUCACUGUUUCGCCUACAGUUGCGAUCAUGAACAGUGGAUCAUGUAUGAUGACAAAACUGUGAAGGUAGUAAUUGGUGGCUGGAACGAGGUUCUUACGAUGUGUGAAAGAGGACAUUUGCAACCCCAGGUCCUCUUAUUUGAAGCUGUAAAUUAG